AUGGUGGAAUCUGCUGAUCAAACACCUUCUCAAAGUCCUAUCAAUCAUGAAACUCAAAUCAAUACUGAAACCCAAACCAAUUCUUCAGGGAACAUUCGAAUCCUAGACCCUUACGUGAUACACCCAAGUGAUAAUCCUGCUACAGUUUUAUCUUCUCCUCUUUUGCAAGGUGAUAAUUACGGUUCCUGGGUUAGGGGAAUAACCAAAUCUCUUAAUGAUAAGGGUAAGCUUGGCUUCGUGGAUGGUUCGUUGCCUCCACCUAAGGAUGAACUGCAGUAUCAAUGUUGGAAAAGGUGCGACGAUCUCGUUGGAAGUUGGUUACUGAAUUCCUGUCAACCUGAUAUUCGAGCAAGUUGUCUUUAUGCUCCGUCAUCUCAUGCAAUCUGGAAGGAUCUCCAGGUGAGGUUCUGUAUAUCUAGUGCACCUAUUCUUUUUCGUCUUAAGUCUGCUAUAGCUGCUAUUAGAUAA